AUGUUAUUAAUACCUUUAUUAUGGUGUCAAAUAUUUAUGUAUACAAGUUUAUUUGUUUGUUUAAUUCAAUUAAUUCAAUUAUUAAUUGGAUUCUAUAAUCGAAUUAAAAAUUGGAAAAAUUUUAUUUUUAAUCUUUAUUUAUUUCAUCAUUUAUUUAUUUCUCUUUGUCGAUCAUUAUUAACAUUUUUUCAUGUUUAUUUUGCUUGUUCAAAUAAAUGUUUACAAUUUAAAUUUAUAAUACAUUAUUUUUUUCUUAUUUCAUCAUUUGAUAUUAUUUUAUUUGUUGUUAGUGAAUCAGCUCAUUUUUGGGAUUCAAGUGUACAAAUGAAAAGUUCAUUAUAUAAUAUUUGUUGUUUAACAUUUGGAUUAUUUUUUAUAUAUUUUAUAUCAACUUUUUUUUUAUCAAUUCAUUUAACAAUUGGUGGUAAAAAUCCAUUUAUUACUGAAUUAUGUUUAUUACCACCAUCAUCAUUAUUAUCAUCAUCAUCAUCAUCACAACAGAUAUAUAUAGAACAUAGUACUGAAAAAGUUUAUGAAACAGAAAUAAUAAAUCGUACAUCAUUUAUUCCAAUAUUAAUUUUAUUUAUUUUAUUUGUUCUUAUUGAUAUUUUAACAUUUUCAUGGAUAAUAAUAUUAUAUAAAGAAAUUUAUAAAUUAAAACGUAAAAGUUUAGCAUCAAUAUUUUUUCAAACACUUGUAUUUACUAAAUUUAAAGAACAUGAACGUACUAAUUUAGUUGAUAUAAGUUUAAAACGAAUUCAAUCAUCAAUAUUAUUUGUUUUAAGUAAUAUGAUUGUUAUUAUUCCAAUUUUAAUUAUUAAAUUAUUUCAAAUAACAUUAACUACAUCUGUUCGAUUAAUUUUAAUAUUUUUAACAUCUUUACCUCUAUGUGAAUGUUUUACAUUUUUAUUUUAUGAUGAAUUUAAAUUAACAACAAAAUUAUGUUUAUUUACAUUUCAAAAAUUAAUAAUAAAAAAGAAGAACAAUAAUAAUAACAAAAACAAUACAAACAUUUUAAAAUCAACAUAUCAAAAUGAAUAUAUGUAUGAAGAACAAAUUGGAAUAAAAUUAAGUUCUUAUAGAGAAACCGAAGUGUGA